GACACUGAUAGGCGGCACUGACUGGCACUGAUAGGUGGCACUGAUUGGCAGCACUGAUAGGUGGCACUGACUGGCACUGAUGGGUUACACUGAAAGGCAGCUCAGAUGGGCACUGAUAUGUGGCAUUGAUGUGUCAUGUCAUGGAUGAGCACUGAUGGGGGGGACACUGACAGGUGGCACUGCUGGGGCUACACAGAUCAUCAGGGCACACUGAUCAUCAGUGCCCUGAUGAUCACUGUCAGCGUGACAGCUCGUGAGGAGAGAAAAUGCCGAUAACAGGCAUUUCCCUGUUUAUUUGUGAUCAGCUGUGAUUGGACA